AUGUCGACGACCACCAUCACCACCACCUACUCCACCAGCAACGGAGACAAGUUCCUGCUGUUGCUGUGGAAGAACUGGGUCAUCCAGAAACGGCACUACUUUCAAACUCUCUUCGAAAUCCUCAUACCGGCGCUGUGCUGCGCGAUCUUGCUGCUAACCCGUGGAUUGGUCGAUCCGGAAUAUGUGGAUAAACCGAGCGUAUUCGAUGCCCUCAACUUGGACAAGUUUCAGUUUAUAUGGAAUGACGAGUCUAUCGAAUAUGUUGUACCGUAUUCGCCGCAGAACCCGCUGCUUGAUCAAAUUGUAGCUGAAGCAGUCGAAUCCCUCAGUAGUCCCCUUGUGAACGUAACAUACUUAAGCUACUCAAACGCACGAACGCUGGAAGCUGCUCUGAUGAAUUCGAGUUAUAUUGCCGGGGUAGAAUUUGAUGACUCGUUGGCGGGUAUUACCGAACUACCGGAAAAGCUAACGUUUUCGUUGAGAUUUCCCGGUGAACUAUACUAUAGUUACGGCUUAACCUCAAAUUGGAUGACUCGGUUGUUGAUGGUUCCAUUUUCACCCCGUUUACGUGAACGGUUUAGCGAAGAUGGUGGUUCUCCAAGUUACUACCGAGAGGGAUUCCUUCCGAUUCAGACAGCCAUUUCAAAGGCCAUAAUACAACGCCGCAACACGGCUAACGACGAACUGUCGCCGGUUUAUGUCAAUCGAAUCCCCUAUCCUCCUUACUACAACGAUCCGAUUCUGGAAGCGAUGGAACAAAUGCUUUCGCUGAUUAUUCUGCUGUCCUUCUUCUAUCCGUGCAUCGUGAUGGUGAAACACAUCACGAUCGAGAAGGAGAAACAGCUGAAGGAAGCCAUGAAGAUUAUGGGUUUGCCCGGUUGGCUGCACUGGAGUGCGUGUUUCGUGAAAAAUAUUAUCUUGUUGAUCAUCUCCAUUUCACUGAUUACGGUUCUAAUUUGUGUGAGUAUAAAUAAGUCAGCUGUGCUAGAAUACUCCGACUGGACGGCGAUUUGGUUCUUCCUGUUUGUUUACAGUGUCGUAACGAUCUGCUUUUGCUUCAUGAUAAGCGUGUUUUUCACCAAAGCAAACAUGGCAGCCGGAAUCGCCGGUCUUAUGUGGUUCGUAUUCGUAAUACCGUACAAUUCGACCUCCGCUAACUACGACGAAGUUUCGACCGGAGCUAAGAUCGGGCUUGCGUUGUUUUCCAACUCGGCCAUGUCGUUCGGUAUUUUGAGUGCAAUGCGAAUGGAAGCGAUUCAGCUGGGCGUGCAAUGGUCAAGCCUUUUCACGCCGGCCACCAUAGACGAUGGUUCCAGCGUAGGAUUGAUGAUGAUAAUGAUGCUGGUGGAUGCAGUUAUCUAUCUAGCGAUUGCGCUGUAUGUCGAGCAGGUGAUGCCGGGUCAGUUCGGUGUGGCUAAGCCGUGGAAUUUUCUAUUCAAGCGAGAGUACUGGGGUCGUGGUUCCUCAACGGAGGGGGCUUUGUUAAGAAAUGGAAUUCAAAGGCAAAAUUCGAGGUAUUUUGAAGAAGAGCCGAGUUCGGGCAGUGUUGGAGUUCAGAUCAAGAACCUGCGGAAAGUGUUUAAAGGUAAUAAGGUGGCCGUGCAAGGACUGAACCUGCGGAUGUAUGAAAAUCAGAUCACGGUUCUGCUGGGACACAACGGAGCGGGAAAAACCACCACAAUGUCAAUGUUGACGGGAAUGUUUUCUCCUACAUCUGGAACAGCGUACCUAAAUGGGCAUGACAUUCGAACCGAUAUAGAAGGGGUUCGACAAUCGCUAGGACUUUGUCCUCAACAUAACGUACUGUUCGAUGAGAUGACGGUUGAGGAGCAUCUGCGCUUUUUCGGCAUACUUAAAGGAGUACCAAAGCAACAACUCAGUAGCGAAAUCGAUACAUAUCUGCGCAUGCUGGAGUUGGAAGAUAAACGCAGGGCCCAGUCACAUACUCUCUCGGGUGGUAUGAAACGAAGGCUAGCCGUCGGAAUGGCUCUCUGUGGGGGAUCCAAAGUUGUCCUACUGGAUGAGCCCACUUCCGGAAUGGACCCCUCAGCACGAAGAGCGCUUUGGGAUCUAUUGCAGAAGGAAAAGAAAAAUCGAACAAUCCUGCUGUCAACGCAUUUCAUGGACGAAGCGGACGUGCUGGGAGAUCGUAUCGCCAUUAUGGCGGAAGGAAUUCUCAAAACGGUAGGAUCACCGUUUUUCCUGAAGAAAACUUUCGGCGUUGGUUAUCGGUUGAUAUGCGUGAAGGCUAGCAACUGUAACAAGCAGUUGCUUUGCGGUAUUUUAAGACAGUACAUUCCGGAUGUGAGAAUCGAGACGGAUAUUGGCACGGAGUUGUCUUUUGUGCUGAGGGAGGAGUACAUUUCGGUGUUCCAGAGUAUGCUGGAGGAGCUUGAAAAUCGAAUGGCUGAAUGUGGCAUUACCAGUUAUGGAAUUUCGUUAACCACAAUGGAGGAAGUUUUUCUAAAAGCUGGCAGUGAUAGUCUUCACGAAGAGGAUCAAUCGAAUGGAGCAUCCAUUGAUGUUGCUGACCAAAGUUAUUCACUAAGCAAUGUGCAACUUCUAACGGGUCGCGAGCUGCUAAUUAACCAAGUGAAAGCUCAAUUUCUGAAGAAAAUUCUAUCGACCAUCCGAUCGUGGGGUGUGCUGAUAAUUCAACUGGGGAUUCCAAUAUUCUACGUAGCAAUGACAUUCAUCAUUACGCGAAGCAUGGCCGCCGAUAAGGAUUUACCACCGUUAACGAUGUCUUUGAAUUCUUACAAGGAAACCGUAACCGUUCUGGAAGGCACUCCGAACGAUCCGAAGGUUUUAGCCUACCAGCAGCAGUUCAAACAAUUCUCCGGCUCUCACCGAUUGGAUACCAUAACCCAACCCAUGAACGACUACAUCUUAGAACGAUCCAAGGAAUCCAUUUCAGAGGUAAACACCCGCUACUUGGUAGGGACAUCCUACAACGAGGCAAAAAGCACGGCUUGGUUUAACAACAAAGGAUACCAUACGGCACCGCUAGCGGUCUCAUUGCUCUUCAACGGUCUACUCGGUUCACUGUGCCCAAGUUGUGAGCUAACCGUUGUUAACAAGCCACUACCGUUUAAACUUUCUACCCAGUUCAAAAACAUGAACACCGGAGUCAACUCCGGUUUCCAGCUGGCUUUAAAUACUGGAUUUGCAAUGGCUUUUGUCGCGGCUUUGUACGUAUUAUUCUACAUCCGAGAACGGACUUCCCGGGCCAAAUUACUUCAGUACGUAAGCGGGACCAAUAUCUUCCUCCUCUGGACUGUUGCCUUUUUGUGGGAUUACUUCACCUUCAUUAUCACCUCUUUGGUGUACAUCGUUACUCUGCUUGCGUUCCAAGAAGAAGGCUGGACUUCCUUCACCGAACUUGGCAGAGUAUUUGCCCUGUUGUUAUUAUUCGGUAUAGGCUUUCUACCCACGGUCUACCUAAGUUCCUUCCUAUUCAAAACUCCUGCCACCGGGUUUGUGAUUGUAAUGCUCUUGAACAUAGCUGCUGGUUCCAUAUUCUUCACCGCGGUUGUGCUGCUCAAGUUCCCCGGAUUAGAUUUAGAGAACGUAGGGAAUGGCUUGGAAUGGUUUUUCUUGUUGUUCCCGAACUUCGCUCUGACGCAUGGAAUGUAUAAUAUAAACCAAAUCGUCAGUACAAUUUCCAGCUGCCAAAAGCAGUGCGACAUUCUGCAGCUGCUGCGAAACUGCGACAUUGACUCGAUGUGCCAACUGAGAGAAGAAUGCUGCGUUCCGGAUGUGUUCUCCUUCGACAAACUUGGCAUCAAUCGAAACCUAUUAUAUCUGCUAUUUGUAGGAGUAUCGUCAUUCUGUCUGGUUCUAGCUUUCGAGUAUCGUCUUGUGGAACGUUUAAUACAAAAACUGCGAUGCCGAAAGGCUAAGCAAUGGACGCCGCCACCUUCGGAGGAAGAUUCCGAUGUUUUAGCCGAAAAGAAACGAGUUCAGAUGAUGCCGCUUUCGGAACUACGUAACCAUAAUCUUGUAAUGAAAGAUCUGACCAAAUACUACAAAUCGCUGCUGGCGGUGAACAAACUAUCCGUGGCCGUUGAUCAAGCGGAAUGUUUUGGCCUGCUAGGAAUUAACGGAGCCGGUAAAACCACAACCUUCAAAAUCAUGACAGGCGAUGAGAGUUUCAGCGCUGGCGAAGCGUGGGUUCGCGGUAUCAGUUUGAAGUCCAGCAUGAAUACCGUUUAUCGGCAGAUUGGUUACUGUCCACAGUUUGAUGCGCUACUUGGGGACCUUACCGGGCGGGAAACGUUAAAAAUCUACGCACUGCUUCGAGGCGUCCGGGAGGCAGAAGUGCGAAACGUUUCGAUGACAUUGGCGGAGGACCUGAAUUUCGCCAAGCAUCUCGACAAGAAGACGAAAGAAUUUAGUGGAGGUAAUAAGCGAAAGCUUAGCACCGCUCUUGCCCUGAUGGGUAACCCUUCGGUGAUAUAUUUGGACGAACCAACGACCGGAAUGGAUCCCGGUGCCAAGCGACAAUUUUGGAACAUGAUUUGCAAGGUGCGAAGCUCGGGAAAAUCGAUUGUUUUGACUUCGCACAGCAUGGAGGAAUGCGAAGCGCUCUGUACCAGAUUGGCGAUUAUGGUCAACGGGGAGUUCAAGUGUUUGGGUUCUACGCAGCAUUUGAAGAACAAGUUUUCCAAAGGUUUUCUGUUAACGAUUAAGGUUAAGAAGACAGAGGACGCACAGCUGCAGCAAAAGAGGAUCAAUGAUCUCAAGGCGUUUGUGACAACCAAUUUCAGCGGGGCAAUAAUGAAGGAGGAAUACCAAGACUCGUUGACCUUCCACGUUCCGCAGACGGAUCUCAAAUGGUCGACCAUGUUUGGUUUGAUGGAAUCCUACAAGGAGCAGCUGGAGGUUGAAGACUACGCCCUUGGACAGACCUCGCUUGAGCAGGUGUUCCUGUUCUUUACCAAGUACCAAAGGAUAGUAGCGUAG